UUGUCAGCCACACUUUUUCUUAUUUAUGUAAUAUUCGCCCAAUUUUGCGUUUUGCUGUUGAAUUUGCGACUCUCCAAGGAUAAAAAUGCAAGGUCUUGGUCUUCAGAGCAUUAAGAAGAAUCCGGCCUUGAUUCCGCUCUACGUGUGCGUUGCGGCCGGAGCCAUUGGCGCCGUCUAUUACAUGGGUCGCCUGGCCACCAGGAAUCCGGACGUAACCUGGAACCGCUCCUCGAACCCCGAGCCCUGGCAGGAGUACAAGGACAAGCAGUACAAGUUCUAUUCGCCAGUGAGGGACUACUCGAAAACCAAGAGUGCAGCACCCAACUUCGAAGAGUAGACUUAAACUUGCAAUUUUGUCGGCUAAGCAAAUAUUGUGUAUCCAAUUUUAAUGGCUGUAACUAUGUAGCUGUUAAAUAGCCUAUUAAAGCCAGCUACACCGCUAAAAA